AUGGAGAAAUCAUUAGGAAAUUCGGACUUGAAGAAGCUUCCUUCUAGAGUUCUGAUGCCAGUUGGUAGAGAAUUGUUUCUUGAGCUUAGCAUAUUGGAUCAUCAUGGGAUUGCUGCAUACACUAGAUAUUAUAACGACAUCAAGCUCACACAGCAGGGCCCCUCGUUGUGCUUGGAUUACAAGGUGUCUCUUUUCUGCCAAGCCUUACCGAUCAACGAGUAUUUGAUGUCAAUUUUCGGAUGGACUGAUUUCAGUGGGUUUGGCGAUAAUAAAUAUGAUGUGGAGAAAGAGUUGGUUGGUUUGAAAGUUUCAUUACCUCACUGCAAGAACAACCACCACAAACACACCAUUCUAGGGUUGAGCGACGAAGUCACAGCGAAUAUUGACAUUCCUUGUCUUGAUUUGGGGAAGAAAGGAAGGCGGGAGCUUGUACCAAUGGAACUAUGCGUCUUGGUUGAGGGGCAGAUUUUUCCAAAGCAUGAAUUGGAUCCGGCUCCAGCCUCGAGGCUAAAACAACUGUCUCUUGUCAAUCCACAGAAACGGAAAGUUAAUAUACUUCGUCUGGCACAGUCCAGUGAUGAGCUUUGCGGCACCGAGAAAUUCAAACUGGGAAUUGAGAAGGAGAUCACACACAUGCAAGACUUUGUUGGCACUGAGGAAGGCAGGCUAAUUAUUGAUGAACUCGCUAAGUCGUGUAGGAGACUUUGGAUGCAGAUGGACCGUCCUUGCGUUUGGAUUUUGCCCGAGAUGACCGCAUUAUCUGAAUGUCGAGAUGAAAACGCUAGAAAACUCGUUUCUUCCACGAGUCCAGCAAUGUUCUUUCAGGAACUUAAUCCAGCAGGGAUUGGGACAAGCGUUUUUCCUGUGACGGCAUUCAGAAGCUCAUCUUUGAGAUGUGUUUCACUUCAGCUCGUUGCCCCAAGCCCUUACACAUCGUUCCCCCCCAUUUAUUAUGCCGAUAUUGCUGCUAACAGGGGAAGGAUGUACCAUGAUGCCAAUGCGAGCUCCAGGGAGAAGAAGACUACGCAGCCCAGGGAAAGCUCUUCCUCCUCCUCCUCUCGGUAUGUGUUCCAGGAAGCCAAUUUCAAGCUGCAGAAAGAGCUUGAGAACGUUAUGUUCUACAUCUAUUAG